UUUCCCUCUGAGUUCCCAGUUCCGGCUUCCUUGGAGUCAGAGAGAAGAGGAGAUAUGCGGCUCUCCGUCUCUGCGGCCAUCUCACACGGCCGCGUAUUCCGUCGCCUGGGCCUUGGUCCCGAGUCCCGCAUCCACCUGUUGCGGAACUUGCUUACGGGACUAGUGCGACACGAACGCAUCGAGGCGUCCUGGGCGCGUGUGGACGAGAUGAGGGGCUACGCUGAGAAGCUCAUCGACUAUGGGAAGCUGGGAGACACCAACGAACGAGCCAUGCGCAUGGCUGACUUCUGGCUCACAGAGAAAGACUUGAUCCCAAAGCUGUUUCAAGUACUGGCCCCUCGGUACCAAGGUCAGAAUGGGGGAUACACGAGAAUGCUACAGAUCCCUAAUCGGAAUAAGCAGGAUCGGGCCAAGAUGGCAGUGAUUGAGUAUAAAGGAAACUGCCUCCCACCCCUGCCCCUGCCUCACAGAGACAGCAAUCUUACACUCCUAAACCAGCUACUUCUGGGGCUGCGGCAGGACCAGGAAGCAAGUAUCCACAGCUCCCACACAUCUGAAAAGCCAGGGAUUUAACUGGAGCCAAAGGGUGUGUAGCUCUCAUCAGUGCCCAUUGUCAUAGGUGUUUGGACUUCUUAAUCUCUAAGAACUGGAGCUAGAGCUGUGAAAUGGACAGUCUUAAUGGAGCCCAGAACUUGCUGAGGAGCCAGAUAACCCUCUUUGUUUUGCACAAUAGACAAAAUUCCUUAUAUGAAUAUAUGUAAACAGAUUUUUUCCCUCCCCUUGAGAUUUCUGAGAAUGAGAACUAUACAAAUGAUCAUUCUCCAUGGGACAGUAAAUCCAUGUUUCUAGCUCUUAAA